GUCAGUGUACUUAUUGGGUUCGGAUCCAACCCGUCAUUCAGAUCCGAACCGCUUUCUUGAUCAGCUCCGAUCGCCGCAGCCGGCGCCGGGCGGUGACGGAUCUCGGCUCCUCCUUCGCUUUCCAUCGAUCCUCUUCCGAUCUCUCGGAGAAGCUCCAUCCAUGGCUUCUCUCGUUGGAUCUCCGGCUAGAUCUCGUCAAUCGGCUCUCCUUCCUUUCCUCUUUGUCGUCAUCCUUGUCCUCUCGCCCUUUCUCGUCUCGGCGUUCGAUGAGGCCCGGAGGAUUCGCUUGAGAGAGGAGGUCCGGCGAAUGUUCUACCAUGCUUAUGAGAACUAUAUGACUUAUGCAUUUCCGCAUGAUGAGUUAAAACCUCUCACAAGCACUUACACAGAUUCCCUCAGUGAACUUGGAAACCUAAAGCUUGAGCACUUGCCCGAAAAUUAUAAAGGGUCAGCGUUAACACUUAUUGAAUCAUUAUCAAGUCUUGUUAUCUUGGGUAACAACACAGAGUUUGAAAGAGGUGUUCUUUGGCUUUCUGAGAAUCUUACAUUUGAUGUAGAUGUUCGGAUUAAUCUAUUUGAGUGCAACAUAAGAGUUCUUGGAGGGCUUGUCUCUGCUCAUAUUCUUGCAACUGAUUCUAAAAGCAGGUUGGCACCCGGAAUCUACAAGAAUCAGUUGCUUAGCCUUGCUGCAGACUUGGGUCAACGCUUCUUGCCUGCCUUUGACACUCCCACUGGAUUGCCUUAUGCAUGGAUUAAUCUUAAGCAUGGGGUUGUGGAGAACGAGACAUCUGAAACAAGCACAUCUGGAUGUGGUUCUCUUAUUCUUGAAAUGGGAGCUUUGUCUCGAUUGACUGGUGACUCUAGAUAUGAAACUGCAGCACUUCGUGCUCUUCGUAAGUUAUGGAGCAUGCGAAGUUCUUUGGAUCUCCCUGGUACAACUCUGGAUGUAAUUACUGGAGAGUGGAUAGUAUAUUCUUCUGGCAUUGGAGCUGGUGUUGACUCAUUCUAUGAGUAUCUGAUGAAAGCCUAUAUUCUUUUUGGAAGCGAUGAGUUCUGGGACAUGUUCCAUCCAGCUUACAUUGCUGUGCAGAAGUACUUUCGGCAUGGCCCAUGGUACCAUGAAGCUGAUAUGAGAACAGGAAAAGCAACAUAUUGGCAGCUCACAAGUCUUCAAGCCUUCUGGCCUGGUCUUCAGGUUCUUGUGGGAGAUAUUCCUGCAGCAAAUUCAUCACAUCGUCAAUUUUUCCAUAUAUGGGACAGAUUUGGUGUGCUUCCUGAAAGAUACCUUCUUGACCAUGAUGCAUUGCAUCCUACAGAGAAAUAUUACCCAUUGCGCCCUGAAUUUGCUGAGUCUACAUUUUACCUUUAUCAAGGAACUAAAGAUCCUUGGUAUUUGGAAGUGGGUGAAUCUAUUGUAAGAUCUCUCAACUACUACACCAGAGUUCAAGCUGGUUUUGCUAGUAUCAGAGAUGUCACCACCAUGCAACUUGAAGACCAUCAACAUAGCUUUUUUCUUUCUGAAACGUGUAAAUAUCUGUAUCUUCUUUUUGAUGAUUCAUUUUUGGUGAAUCAAAAUUAUAUCUUUACGACUGAGGGACAUCCUAUUCCUAUUAGAAGCUCGUGGCAUGAGAGGCUUCCACAAACUUAUAUUCCUAAUAAUUGGACUUCAUUCAAGAGUGAAAAUCAAGCAAAUCGACAAAGUGCAAUGCAAUCACGGCUUUGUCCCGCAACUAUUUCUGGAGCUAAUACUGGCAUUUCAAUCGAAAGCGCGUGCCACAUACCUGAUUUGCGAGCCAAUCACCGAUGCAUCACCGAUGAGGAAUGCGGUACUGAUUCAACAACCUGCAGGCAAAGAACAUGCAGUCUGGCCGGCUAUUGUGGUUUGUGGUUUAGAAUAUAAAUUAUACCUUUAGGAUCCAAGAUGCCAUCGAAAAGCAUUAUUUAUUGAUCGAGAAAUAAAACGAUGAUGGUUUAUCCCAGAGAAAUCAAUGUAUAAUAAAAUUGUAAUUUGGUGAUCAUAGAAGCCAAUCAAUCUUGUUACCUGUUCACAAAAAUUAGUUAGUCUAGGGUUUAGUUCAAUUGCAUUAUCUCGGUAAUUAGUCUUUUUUAUGAGAAUCAUUUGUAAACCCUAAUUGAUACCAAAUGGUGGUAUGACAAGUGUGGUAAAGAUUAUUUAGCCCGAAUUAAGGGAAAUGAUUUUUA